AUGAAUUAUUAUAUUAUUAUAUUCAUUAUGUUAUUGAACAUAAAAAUUUCCAAUACAAUUAUUGUUCCUAAGACUAAUGAACUAUUUACGAAUAUUGAAAAUCAAACGUUUGUAACCAAUGACAAUUUAGAUGAACUCAUAAGAGAAUAUCCAGCAUUCCUUCAGCUAACUUUACAAGAAAAUAAAUACUACACUGGUAGUGAUGCAUCUCUUUGUCCUCUACCUUAUGAUGAAAAUACACUGUUGGAUGAUCCUGAUGUUGAGAAAUUACAAUAUUUUGACCCGAGAGAAUGUGAAAAGCCGUGGACGUGGACGCAACAAAAUCAAAUUAUUGUUCCUGUUCCAAAAGAAUUUACCAUUAACAAAAGGUUAGGGAAACUUAUUUUUCGAAAUAACAAUUUAGAAAUUAUUCAGAGUUAUACUCAUUAUCUGAAUACUAUGGAAAGUGUUGGAAUAACUGUAGUCGAUAGAUUUUGUUUGUAUUUAGUUGAAGCCGUUGAUAGAAUCAAAGGUUUCUCUAAAGCUAUAGAAUAUCUAGUAGUAAAUGUAUGCAUGCAUAACUUUAAAAAGCUUAUUAAAUAUAUUUAUGAUACAUUUAAGCAAUACUUCAUUUCUACAUUACCCCUCGACUGUAUUUCGAAUAUUCUGGUGAAAAUUGUUCUCAAUAACGAUAUAAAGAAUUGGGAUGGGUUACGUAUUCUAUUGGAUAAUAUAGACCAAUACAGUGCACAGUUAUUAGAAUGCAGAAAGCUAACAAAGUUAAAAAGAAACUAUGCUGUUCUUGUAAAUGAUAACCUGUGGAAGUGGGAUAUCACUUUAGAGGAAAAACCUAACAACGAUGACCUAAUAAAAUUAUAUCAAGACAGUGUUCGAAUGGGAGCUGUACUUUUUAAUGCGAAUGAAGUUUUUUUUUUCAUGAAGGAUUAAUUAUAAUUUGUCAUUUAUUUUUUAGAAAAAUAAUAUUAAGUAUUACAUUAAACUAUUUUAUUAUGUUAUCAGAUGAAUUAAAAAUAUUUUAUUGAUUCAUGUUUAACUAUUUAUUAUUAUUAAAUGCUGCAUCAUAAUUUAAAUACAUUUUUACUUUU